ACCUACAUCCGUAAUCGGAGUGCCGUAAAGUUUUGAUUGACAUUAUGACAUUGUACUAUUUGUAACUAACAUCUUUCGUUUAUGGAAGACCCACAGGAACGCGAGGCUGCUGUAAUACAAGACAAGAACACUUGCGCCUAUGUGGCUCUCAUAUUCGCUGUUCUAUUAAACUUGAUACUUGUCAUAUUACUUGUUUAUUUCGUAACGGAUCCUGUAGAAGUAAAGCAACAGUCCAUCGCCGAACCAUGCUCUCCGACCUUUUCCCCGACAAAUACGACGCUCCGUCGAAAUGUGCUCGCUGCCACCACCACGAAUCCCAUCCAACCGACCGCUUUGGCUUGGGGACAGUAUCAAGUAUCGCACUCGUACGUUAUGACGGUACCCUACGAAAACCGCAAUGUUCUCAUCUACCAACAAGCCCCUGGCGCCAGACCCACCAGCACCGAUGACCGCGUGCGUUACUUUUACCAACCGGCGCUGACAAUGCGCGCGGAUGCACCAUCGAUCGCCCUCAAUCCUUUCAGCAACAAUUACGAGAUCCACAUCCCGGUGCUGUUGUGGGAUCGCGAGUACGAAGCGCACAUCCGACAGAAAAUCAUGGAGCAGACUGGAUCGAGCGAGUUCCUCUGACCGUCCUCCCACUGGAGGAGAUCCGCAUCAGUAGCGUCAGCGCCAAACCGCAGAUGCAGUUGGUUACCCGUUGGAUCCCGGUGGCGAACCAACCGUCGGUCAUUACCUUCCUGAUAAUCUGCCGGGAUAAUGAAACAUGCGUGACGAGUCUGUCGCAUAUAAAAGAGAAUCCGCAGCAGUUCGCAGCGGAUGUGCGGGUGCAUUACAGUUUGGAGAGCCAGAGCAGUAGCGCCAAACGGAUAACCGUGACGACGGAGCAUGUGGAGAAGAGUUCCUCUACGCCGCGAUUAACCAGAAACUCCCCAAUAAAGACCCCAUUUAUUUAACCGCCGAUGAUGUGAAUACACUGCAGCGGGAAAUUAUGACCAACAUCCAGGCGACGGAGAUUGAGGACGCGGAUUUCGUCAGCGAUGCGAGUCAGCCAAGCAUCUUGGGUCUGAUCAACGAGGCACUUAAAUUAGCUACGCGCAGCUCUAAAGAUUUCGAGGAGCACAAUUGGGAUUCUGUGUUCUGGAAUGACGACAAUGCGCGUCCCGAUAAAGUGACGAAGAAGCUGAAUGAGGUCGCACGGAAGCUGGAUAAGGAGUCACGGGAGAAACUGAAAAAAGAACAGGCCAAAGCGGAGAAUUCAGGGUGGAAGUUCGAUGCUAGUGUCACGUACAAGAAGAUCAAAGUGGGCGCGGGUGCAAGUGAAGAGCAGGAGAAGGAGCAGUUAAGUGAGAAGGAAGUGGAGGAGUUGAAGAAGGCGUUGGAGGAGUCUCGUGGUAAAUCUGUCGUCGAAGGUGAAAUCUACAAGGCACGACCGAUGGAAUUAAAGCGAAUUAACACUGGCAGCAUUAAAAGCGGCGCCGCACUAAGCACCUCCCUCGUCCGAUUAGCCAAAGCGACCGCACAGAUCAGCGACACCAUCAAGAUCCACGACGCACGCAAUCAGAACAUAACGCCAGCCAUCACUUUCAGCGGUACCGAUCUCGAGGUCUUUCACGUCCGUGGCCGCGAGGACUACAUCCUCUACCAGCGCCACGAAGCCCGCGAGAUCUGUCAGCAAUACAACGCCAAACUGGCCACCACCCUGCAAAGUCCAGGCGGCCUGGGUUGCCGGCGCCCAGUGGUGUUCGGCCGGGCAUGUAGAGGACGACCGACUGGCCUAUCCAGGUCACGUGUGCUACGUGAACCGGCAGGUUCACGUAGACGGUCGCCCCGUGGUUCCUUGGCAGCAGGAAAGUGCCGCGUGCCAUCCGGACGGCGCACUGCAGAAAGCGUUUAUGUAUACGACCAACGAGCGGAAUAGUACGCGGCACGCGUAUAAAGAUACCUGGAGGUUGGGAGUAAACUGUUGGGGCGUAAAGCCGGCGCAGGCUAAUGAGCGGGAGUACAAGGGACGUAUGCUGCAAGUGUGGUCGUUUAAUGCGACGCAUUAUAGCCAGUUCGGAGCGUAAAUCCCGAUCAGCAUCAGUUUUGUCGUGCGUUUGUAGUUCCGUUCAUGCGGAAGCGGCAACUAAGCGCGAUCGUGAUUUUCUGCUGUACAAUUUUAAUUGUUGAGAGGCUGUUGUUGUGACUGUACCAAACAGCUGUUUGGUUUUCCGUUAAUACCCCAUCAAAACCUGUCAAAUCAUGAGCCGAGAAUUCGCCGUCACUUAUAAUUAAGUAUGAUCUACUUGACUCAAUAUAAGCACUGUCUGGUUUUGCAUUCAAAUUAAUAUAGUAUCGGU